CCACAGGUACUUUGUUUCUGACUUCCAAUAGCAGAGAGAAACUAAAGACCUUGAAGGAAGACGCCUGCAGCCCCAGGCUCAGCAGUAACAAUGCUGCAGCGAUGAGAUUAUAGUGAGCCCUUCCUGUGUGGCCUCCAUGGGUCCCACUCAACUCAGCACACAGGAUCAUGGGAAGAGGGUGGCAAGUGUAUUUGAGAUGGAGGAGGAAGGGCUUUCGCUCUUCUCUGGCUCAGAGAACCCCCCUGAGCAUGCAGAAAAUCCCCCCCUGAAGCGGAAGAAGGGCCCAGCCCCCAAGAUGCUGGGAAAUGAAGUGUGCAGCGUGUGUGGGGACAAGGCCUCUGGCUUCCACUACAAUGUGCUGAGCUGUGAAGGCUGCAAGGGCUUUUUCCGACGCAGCGUCAUCAAGGGCGCACAGUACGUCUGCAAGAACGGUGGCAAGUGCGAGAUGGACAUGUACAUGCGUCGCAAGUGUCAGGAGUGCCGACUGCGCAAGUGCCAGGAGGCAGGCAUGCGGGAGCAGUAUGUUCUGUCUGAAGAACAGAUCCGACUGAAGAAACUGAAGAAGCAGGAAGAUGAUCAGGCUCGGACAGUUGUGGUGUGUCCAAACCCUCCAAAUCCACCAAGCCCUUCCCACAAACUGACACCUGAACAGUUGAGCAUGAUAAAAAAGCUUGUGGCCGCUCAGCAGCAGUGCAACCAGCGCUCCUUCACAGACAGGCUCAAAGUGACGCCAUGGCCCCAAGUUCCUGACCCUAAUAACCGUGAAGCAAGGCAGCAGCGUUUUGCUCACUUCACAGAACUUGCAAUUAUGUCAGUGCAAGAGAUUGUGGACUUUGCCAAGCAACUACCUGGCUUCCUGGAGCUCACCAGGGAAGAUCAGAUUGCUUUAUUGAAGACAUCUACCAUAGAGGUGAUGUUGUUGGAAACAUCUCGGCGCUACAAUCCAGAGGUUGAGAGCAUCACCUUUCUUAAGGAUCUGAGCUAUAAUCGGGAUGACUUCGCCAAAGCAGGUCUGCAGUUUGAGUUCAUUAACCCCAUCUUUGAGUUCUCAAAGGGAAUGAAUGAGCUACAGCUCAAUGAUGCUGAAUAUGCACUUUUAAUCGCCAUCAACAUUUUCUCUGCAGACCGACCGAAUGUGCAGGACCAGUCCCUGGUGGAGAGGCUGCAGAACACCUAUGUGGAAGCCCUUCAUUCGUACAUUUGCAUCAACAGACCAAAUGACCGCCUGAUGUUUCCACGGAUGUUAAUGAAGCUGGUCAGUCUUCGGACGCUAAGUAGUGUCCACUCUGAACAGGUGUUUGCCCUUCGGCUGCAGGACAAGAAACUCCCUCCCCUGCUCUCAGAAAUCUGGGAUGUGCAUGAGUGACCACAUGCUCUCAGGCACUGAUGUCAUGCCGACAUAAUGCCAUCUCCCAGCCUUUGCUAACGAGAAGCCAGCCUCCCCUCUCCAAAGCACUGAACUCUAGGCUAGGCAGUGCAGGGAGUGAUGAGCCUGGGGUUUCAAUGUUGUCAUGAGACUCUGCAGGAGGCAGCUGGGGUCGAUCAGAUCGGGGGGUUGGUUUCGAUGUAGUGCCCAUACCCCAAAGGAAUAACGUGAAACAUCUUAAAAUGGUAGAAAUGAAGAUCUUCCCACACACACACAUACACCUCUUUCUUCAGAGUCUUUCUCUUCUCUAAGCAUGUCCUGAGGGCUUGCCCAUUGAUCCUCUUCUCUCUGGUUGAUUAUGAAAACAAAUUUGCAGGAACUUGCCAAACCCUCUCUAUUGAGAGUAACCCAGCUCAAAAGGCUUCUGCAGGGUCCCCAGCGUACCUGGAUCUGAGGAGCUCAGGGAAGUCAAUGUGGAUGUUCUAGGGGUUUCACUGGGUUUCCUAUAAAUAAAUCUCUUGUCUGUGCUGCCCUUUACAACGAUUCCAAGAGAAGUAGCUGUUAUUUCUUUAUUAUGAGACUUCAUCUCUUGAGCUGCCCUUUCAUUCUGGCCCUCCUUUGGAAAAAGGAUUCCUCUAAUGUGUAGUGCCCUUUGUCUAACAGGCAGGUCCUCUGGAUAGGGAACAUUUGUACAUCAGAAGGAUGUCAGGCAUAAAAUAGUGGAAUUUUUUUCAUGUAAUAUAUCACAGUUUUAUCUCACGGUGGUUCUCGGCCAGUUCACUUCACCUUUGAUUUGCUAACAGCUGGAAAACUUUAGUUCAAAACAAAUCAGGGCAUAGAUUUUACCUUUAGAGAUGGAAUAGAUGAAAGAUAGGUGGGAAGGACUGGUACCUAGGAAAGAUAGGUGUGGUGGAAGGAUCUCCAAAACUUCCAAGAAUUUGGAGCAUGUGGUAUGUAUUCCAAGGUGGGUGUGAAGAUGUAUCGGCCAAGGAGAGAGGACACACUGCAUUUAGUGAGAUAUGCGGGCAUUGC